AUGGCUCCCAACGGCACGAAAAGGAGGAAGCUCGCCCAUUCUUCCGAUGAGAACUCCUCGCAAGCUCCGGCGAAAACUCAAAAGGCCUUCUUCAAGAACGCCGCCAGCUGGGAUCUCGAGCAGGACUACGAAUCCCGUCCGCGCAAGGGCAAGAAGAAGCAGCAGGUCGUGAAGGAAAGCAACCGUCUUCCCACCAAGAACGUUGACGGGCGGAUAGAGGUCCUGCGAGAGCUGGAAAAUGAAAUCGACAGCGAUGAGGACUGGCUCGAGGGACGCGAGGACGAUGUCGAGGAGGUGGAGCAGGUAGAGGAAAAGACCGUGAAGGAGGUGGAUGAGAGGAGCGAGCAGGAGCAGAUUCUCGAAGCGCAGGAGGAGCUGGCCAAACUCGCCAUGGCUGUCAACGAAAAUCCAGAGGACAACGUGGGCGCCUUCAAGCAGCUCGGGAAGAUUGGCUCGUCCAAGAUACCGGCGAUCAAGAUCCUGGCCCUCAUGACGCAAAUGACCGUCUACAAGGACAUUAUCCCUGGAUACCGCAUUCGGCCACUAGGCGAGGACUCUGGAAAGGAGAAACUGUCGAAGGAGGUUCGACAACUUCGGCACUACGAGCAGUCAGUCGUCAUGGGCUACCAGGCCUAUGUCAAGGAGCUGACAAAAUGCGCGAGGCUGCAGCCCUUUGCCUAUGGAGGUCACGGUCCCAACGUUGUCAGCGCGGCGGUUACUUGCGCAUGCACACUUCUAACAUCGGUGCCGCACUUCAACUUCCGCAGCGACAUUAUCAAGAUCCUGGUCGGCAAGCUGAGCAGGCGAUACAUGGAUGCUAACAGUAAAAAAUGUCUCGAAGCACUCGAGACUCUCUUUCGGGAUGACGAAGAGGGCCGUCCUUCUAUGGAAGCAGUCGCCCUCCUUGCCAAGAUGAUGAGGGCAAAGGAAUACCAGGUUCACGAAUCCGUACUCAAUCUCUUCCUCGCCCUUCGCCUCCUCUCCGAAUUCGCCGGCACGGCGUCCCAUGACUCCGUCCAGCGUACGGAGAAGGCCUCCAAGAAGAAGCGCGAUUUCCGCACCAAGCGGGAGCGCAAAGAUGUCAAGGAGCAGAAAGCGCUGGACAAGGACCUGCAACAAGCCGACGCCCUCGUCAGCCACGAGGAGCGGGAGCGCAUGCAGAGCGAGACUCUGAAGCUCGUAUUUGCAACCUACUUCCGUGUCCUCAAGGCGCGCGUACCCCAACUUAUGGGCGCGGUGCUGGAGGGUCUUGCCAAGUAUGCCCAUCUCAUCAACCAGGAUUUCUUCGGCGAUCUCCUAGAGGCGUUGAAGGACCUGAUCCGCUACAGCGACAAGGAUGCCAACGGCGACAACGAGGACGAGGAGCAGCAGCAGCAGCAGGAAGAGGACGAAGACGAAGAGGACGACGACACGGUCCGAAACCUGACCCGUGAAUCACUCCUGUGCACAGUCACCGCGUACGCUCUCCUCGCCGGGCAAGACGCGCAUAACUCCAGGAACACACUCCACCUUGACCUGUCCUUCUUCACAAAUCAUCUCUACAGCGCGCUUCUGGCACUGUCCACGGACCCGACCCUCGAGAACACCAAGCCUACUGGCGUCACCUCGACAACCUCGAAAAUCAAUGUGCAGACCACCACAGUCCUGUUACUGAGGUCACUGACUGCCGUGCUGCUGCCUUCGUGGAAUAUCCGCUCUGUCCCGCCCACGCGCCUAGCAGCUUUCUCGAAGCAGCUUGCCUCUGCAGCUCUUCAGUUGCCUGAGAAAUCGUGCCAAGGUGUACUGGCCCUACUUAACGACGUGGCGCACACACACGGGAAGAAGAUUGGGAGCCUAUGGAACACCGAGGAGAGGAAAGGCGACGGCAAAUACAACCCAGUCAGCGGGAACCUGGAAGGCAGCAACCCUUUCGCAGCCACGGUGUGGGAGGGUGAGUUGCUGAGGAAACAUUAUUCUCCCAAGGUCAGGGAAGGGCUUAAGAUGUUAGAAAAAAGCAUGUCGAAUUAA